UUGAUUCCAGCCUUUGCUGCAGCUGCUCUCCAGCCGUUUGCAGGAUUCAAAGAACUACAGAAGCUGUUCCCAAGAUGGUGAUCCGUGUGUACAUUGCAUCUUCCUCUGGCUCCAUGGCGAUUAAGAAAAAACAGCAAGAUGUGCUUGGUUUCUUAGAAGCUAACAAAAUAGGAUUUGAAGAAAAAGAUAUUGCAGCCAAUGAAGAAAAUCGGAAGUGGAUGAGAGAAAAUGUACCUGAAAACAAUCGACCAGCCACAGGAUACCCCCUGCCACCUCAGAUUUUCAAUGAAAGUCAGUACCGUGGGGAUUAUGAUGCCUUCUUUGAAGCCAGAGAAAAUAAUGCAGUGUAUGCCUUUUUAGGUUUGACAGCCCCACCUGGUUCAAAGGAAGCAGAAGCUCAGGCAAAGCAGCAAGCGUGAAUCUUAAAUAUUCUGCCUUAAGCAUCCUAAAAAAGGAGUCUCCAUUGCUUUUUAUAAAAUAUCAAAAUUAUCAUGGCUUCAAAAGAAGUAGGCUUAAUGUUAUUA